CGGCCCGAAGCCUUGCGCCACCGAGCGUGAGCUCGGUUCGCGGCUGGGAGCUGUAGGUCCGGCUGCUGGCCUUGGGGAGGGCCGAGGGGGGGCGGGCGGGCGGGCGGCUCCGUGGGGUUGGGGCGCUGUGGGUGUCCGGCGGGCUCUUUGAUAACGACCGUUUGGUUUUGCAUUUGUACGUGACUCCUUCCCCCUCCUCCCCUCUUCCCCAGGCUCUGGGGGUUCUCUGGGUCUGGGUUAUUUAUUUAUUUAUUUCGGUGAGAUCAUCUUGGUUGGAGGCUGCAUGUGACAGAAAUGCUAAACAGCCCUGGCGCGCGGGGAGCCUUCCUCGUCCAAACUGUAGUCAUCUUGCUUGCAGUCAGGUGGUAGUUUUUCAGUUCGAGUACUUAAUUGAAUUGGGGGUAGUAAUUCGUGGAACGAAGCCAAAGCAUAAAAGCCGAAGGUGUGUAUAUAUAUACAUCACAUGGAUAAAAAUCAACGUAAAUCUUCAAGAAUGGGCCAGAGUAACUGUGAAUUAAGAGCUAAAGGAGUUAGUUUUGGUUGAAAAUUCUUGAAAAAUGUAGAUAAAUUGGCAUGUGACCCCUGUUGCUUUGCAAAAGAAGGGCAAUCCUGAGUCAUAACUGGAUUUCAAUUUCAGGUCUUUACAUCUUGGUAGUUAAUACCCAUCAGCUUUUCAAUACCCUCAAGUGCUUUAUGUGCCAAAGUACUUCAAUUUGAUGCAGUUAAUAUCUUUCAGCUUUCACUACCCUGAAACAUUCUAAGUGCCAAAAUACUUAGUUUUGAUGGCAUUUGAUAAAUAUGGAUAGUAGUUGUCAUCGUGCAGUUAUGUUAAACAGAUGGGAAAACUGAACACUUCACGCUUCUUACUGCUUCUGAGUGAGUCAUUUAAAGAGUGUGACUAAUCAUCCUACUGUACAGUUGUCAACAAACGAGCAAUUUUUUUCUACCACCCACAAGAUCUGAAGAAGACAUUUCCAGACUUUCUGUGGAUGAGAAAUGAAAACCAAAGAACCUCUCUUUUGAACAGGAGUUUAAAUUGUGAUUGAGGGGGAACUGCAUGUGAUGGACUCUUCAUGUUAGGAAUUUACAUGUCACUUUUUUUUCUGUGCAGUGGCAUAGUGACGUACCCAGCAAGUCUGUUAACUUACCAUUGUCAUUGUCAGGCAGACAGUAACACACGAGUUGUUUUAAGGCUUUCAUCCAAGUAGCAACCUUAUGUGAAACUAAAUGAAUUUUAUCUGUUCUCUUUCUCCUCCCUGCUUUACCUGUGUCAAGUUGUAAGUCAUUUAGAAUAGAGGCACUUUAAUCUUCAGUGCAGUGUGGGUUGGACAUUUUCAUGAUAGUAGUCAAGUGACCAGAGUCAUCAGGGUGAUAAUAGUGCUCUGUGUUUGGGGAGGGGGACACAACUGCAUUUCUUUUGAGGAAAGCAGGGUAGUACGGCAAAGAGCUGGCUGAGAAAUCUGUGUUUAGAAAUGUGAUCUGAGAAGUGACCUGAUUUGAACGUAGUUCUUGUGGAAGUCAGGAAUUACCUACAGCUUGCAAGGCUGAGCCAUGAGGGCAACACUAAAUUUCAAACCCCCACAAGUAUUAUAGGAACAGAAAACAUCUUGAAGGUAUGCAAAUCUGCAUACUCAGAUUGGGUUUAGGUUAAGUGAAUUAAAGAGCUGGGAGGGAAGUAUUAAAUCAAAAUGCAGUAUUGGACCUUGGAGGCAGAUGAGUUGAUUGGGAAGAGGUGUUUAGAACUGCAGUUACCUGGGGUGGGGAGAAAUAGUGUACAGGGUGGAAAAUGAGAAGACCAAGGAUGCAUCAGAAUGGAUCCCACAAAGAACGUGAGAGGACAGCCUGGCAUUAUCAUUAUGGAUCGCUCUCGGCACCGCGCAGGAAAUGGCAAUGAGCAGGCAUCUUCACAGGAGCAUCGUCAUGGAGAAGAUGAGAGGCAGCGGCAGCUGGAGCGCCUCAGUAGGGAGGAGGCCUAUUACCAGUUCAUUAAUGAACUCAAUGAGGAAGACUACAGGUUAAUGAGAGACCGCAACCUGCUUGGCACUCCUGGGGAAAUAACAGCAGAAGAAUUGCAGCAGCGCUUGGAGGGAGCUAAGGAGCGUCUGGCAUCACAGAGUGAUAUGGAUAACAGAGAAGAUGAAGGUAGAACUGUUGGAGAUUCUGAUGUUCUUGGAGAAAACUCAAAUGGUGACUCUCUGCUUGAAUGGCUGAACACAUUUCGUCGCACAGGCAAUGCCACUCGCAGUGGUCAGAGUGGGAACCAGACCUGGAGAGCUGUGAGUCGAACAAAUCCAAACAGUGGGGAGUUUCGAUUUAGUCUUGAAAUCAACAUAAAUCAUGAUCAUAACAGUUUUGAAACUGCUGGUGAGGCCUAUAUGGGUAUAGAUACUAGCAGAAUGUAUUUGGAAAGAAGAUAUCAAAGACCUGUCAGCCCAAUACCCACACGAACAAGGAGCAGGACCACAAGAGAGGCAAACAGUGAGGCUUCAAGCACUUCAAGGACCAGGUCUGUAAGAAGCUCUGUGGCACAAAGCUCUGAAGCAGUCUCUGAUCCAGUCUCAGGGAGGCUCAGGAGUAGAACAAGAGAGUUGGCAGGCCUUUCCCAAUCAAAUACUACACCUAGUAAUUCUGCAGCUGCUGGUGAACGAAGAGAAACACCAGGAAGAGGUACAUCUGCAGGAGUCACAAGGGGUAGAGCUAGAACUAAUGUUCGGAUGAGUGCAAACCAAAGACUAGAAAUUCUGCGGCUGAGGUCUACUUUAAGUAGUCGAAGCCGCUCUCCAUUGCAAAGGCAAAGUGAUACUGCUCGUUCUGAGGAACAUGGGCAGAGGCAGGAUAGAAAUGCACACCAAGCCAGCAGAAGCAGAAGACAAACAGCUCAGUCUUCUUCACAGCCUGCCGAAGAACCAGCAAGAGGUAAUAGUCAGACUCCUCAGCUUUCCAGCGUAGCCCCAUCCUUGGGAAUAACUUUGGAAGAGGAGGAAUCUAGUAGGCCAGUAGCUGCUGUUAGAAGGCAUCCAACAAUUACAUUAGAUCUUCAGGUGAGAAGAAUUCGUCCUGGAGAAAACCGAGAUCGGGACAGUAUUGCCAGUAGAACUCGUUCUAGAGUAGGAAUGGCAGAAAACACAGUUACCUUUGAAAGUGACAGCGGGGGAUUUCGGCGCACGAUCUCACGAUCAGAACGUGCGGGUAUUCGCACCUAUGUUAGCACUAUACGGAUACCUCUCCGACGGAUCUCGGAAACGGGGCUCGGUGAGCCUUCCUCAGUGGCUCUGCGAUCAAUCCUUAGACAAAUUAUGACAGGCUUUGGAGAACUGAGUUCAUUAAUGGAAACAGAAUCUAACUCAGAAGUGCAAAGAGGUGGUCAUCACUUACCGGAUGUACAUUCAGAGCAGAGCAACUCAAGUUCAGCAAACAAUAGCAGUGAUUCAAGUGAGGUUUCACCUAGAAAUGGGCGCACAGUAGAAGGCAGCAGGGGAGCAAAUGGACAGAGUGAUGAUACUCAACGCUAUGGUCACAAUAAUGAAACCCAAGAUAACAGGCAGUCCCAGGAUGCAAACAACCUGGUGGAAAAUGGAACGCUGCCCAUACUCCGGCUUGCCCACUUCUUCUUGCUGAACGAAGAAGAUGAUGAUGAUCGUUUAAGAGGUUUAACCAAAGAGCAGAUUGACAAUCUUUCCACACGAAACUAUGGGGAUAUUCACACUGAAAAUGAAAUAAGUAAAACAUGUAGUGUUUGCAUUAAUGAGUAUGUAACAGGGAAUAAGCUAAGGCAGUUACCUUGUAUGCAUGAGUUUCAUAUUCAUUGUAUUGAUCGCUGGCUUUCUGAAAACUCCACUUGCCCAAUCUGUCGGCAGCCUGUGUUGGGGUCUAGUGCCACAGACAAUGGUUAGAAUGACUUGUACUGCUCAGUACUCAAGGAUUUGCUUCUGCUCUAUUUGUGAUGAGCCAGGUGGAAUGAGUUGACUUACAUAGGGGUCCAUUUGUGUGGGGAGUUUUGUUAAGUUUCUUUAAAAAGAAUAGGAAACUUGUCUAAAUCUAGCAAUGUAAAUACUAUUUUUCUCCAAAUGCAGAUCUAGGAGUACACAUAGAACCAAAUGAUACUGGUAAAGUUUAUAUUUUUUUAGGUAAUUUUGUUAUGCUAAGCACUUUUGUAAAUACAGAAAUGCAAUAGUUAAUCAGUCCUGCUUAAUGUAUGUUUUUUUAACAGCGUAAGGGACUCACUUUAUUUAGAUUACAAAUUGUUUCACACAGACCCACCACUGUGUUGAAAAAUUAGUGUCUAAAUAGCCAUUCAUUAGCUUUUUGUUCUAAGAACAAUUUCUUUUACAGAGAGUUUCUUGCUGGACAUGUUUGCUAAAGAUAUUUAAGUUACUUGAAGUGCUCAUUUGAAUAGACUAUAUUUUUUUUAACGUUGAAAUAUCCUUUCCAAAACCUUGCCAAUUUGGUUCUAAUUUAAAAAAAAAUAAUAUGGCAAUUUUUGCAUGUGGUUUUACACAAUGCUUAAUGUUGAUGAGUUCAUAUGCAAAAGCGGAUGGGUUAGUGACAUUAUGAAAUGUACAUAGGUAAAUGCUGUCUUUGACAAUCUCUGUCUUUUCAAUGCAGACAGCAGUCAAAGCAACGAUAAUUCAAGGUGUGUCUUACUGAACAUGAUACUUGCUCAAAGAAUAAAUGAGCACCGAGGAAGCCUUUUUACUCUUCCAAAUGACUCAAUUGAUAUUAAUGGGGUUUUAACUGCCUUAGUUUAAGGAAGGAAAUAUUUCCUCGACCAUGAUAUUGUCCACAAUAUGCAUGAUUUGUACAUCCUACUCAGAAAAACAAAACAAAGGCUUGAAGUGGUUUUGUACAGGAAUUUAAGGUACACAUAUAAUAGUUGUCCUCUUAAAACAUGUCAGAGGACCAAAUGGCAAAAGACACUAAAAAAGACAAUAAGCUUCCCUUAAAGUCCCCAGUUUACUGUGUAAUUAGAUAUUAAUCUUUAUACCAAUAACUUAUAAAGAAAUAAAGUUGCGAAGUAAAUAA